AUGGAUCGAAGACGAUCACGAGAAACCGAUAAUGUGAGUAACCCGAUUACAUUGAAACAUUCAAAUCGUGCCGCGAACGCCGACGUCUUCGAUGAGAUGCUGCUGACACAACUUCGUGAAAGCAGGCUGGAGCAAGAGAAAGGCAGAGAGCAAGUACAGUGUGAAACCAGAGGCGAUGAGAGGCACCGAGCGAGAUCAGUGAAGAGCCAGAAGAAAGAAGAGGCACCAAAAGAAGGAAUAACAGAGAAGGCUAGUGAAACACAACCAGCAAGAAUAGCUGAAAAAUUGGAAGAUUCGGAAAAUGGAAUAUUCCGAGUUGUAGAAGUUUUUGAGGAUAGGAAUUGCAGAUGUUCAGCAAGUGCCGAAGGAGUUCAGAUUUUCAGAGGAUUCUAG